AUGGCGGCGGCGGCGGACGCGAAGGGUCGCGGAGAGGGGAUCGCGAUCGUGUGGCUGCGCAGCGAUCUGCGCGUGCACGACAACGAGGCGCUGCUGCGCGCGUGGCAGGCGGCGGCGAUCGCGGUGCCCGUUUACUGCUUCGACCCGCGCUGCUUCUCCACCACGCACCACUUCGGCUUCCCCAAAAUGGCAGCCCACCGAGCGCGCUUCCUGUUAGAGAGCGUGGCGGACCUGAGGCAGCGCCUGCGGGGAAUGGGGUCGGAGCUGGUUGUGCGGGUGGGGCCGCCUGAAAUUGUGCUGCCCGCCUUGGUGGCGGCUCUCAACGCGCACCUGGUGGUGGCUCAGGUGGAAACAACAGACGAGGAGCUCAGGGUGGAGAGGAACCUCAAGCAUGCGCUGAACAACGUGACUAUAACGAGGGCCACGGGAGGCCCAACAGCAGCUCAAGAACUGCCCGCUGCAGAUACUGCCAACGGUCGCCGCCCGAAGCUGGAUCUGAUGUGGGGGCUGACUAUGUACCACGUGGAUGAUCUUCCAUUCGCUCCUGCCAACCUGCCUGACGUCUACACACAGUUCCGGAAAGCGGUGGAAACCAAGGCUAAGGUCCGCCCACCCCUAGCCAUGCCUGCCAGCCUCGGACCGUUCCUCUCUGCCGAAGCUGUUGACAGGAUCGGCGGUUUGGGCUCCCUGCCUACUCUGGCAGACCUUGGGAUUGACGGCCCACCACCACAGGACUCUAGGGGUGUGCUGGCGUUCAGGGGCGGGGAAACAGCAGCACUGGCUCGGGUGGACGAGUAUGUGUGGCAGCGGGAUUGCAUCAAAGAGUACAAGCUGACUCGCAACGGCAUGGUGGGAGCAGACUACAGCACCAAGCUAUCCCCAUGGCUGGCGCAUGGGUGCAUCUCUGCUCGAUACAUUCAUUCAGAGGUGCUGCGAUACGAGAAGGAGCGAGUGGCAAACGAGUCCACGUACUGGGUGCUCUUCGAGCUCAUCUGGCGGGACUACUUCCGUUUCCUCUCCAUCAAAUGCGGCAACGCCAUCUUUCACUUGGGUGGACCCCGCAAGCUGCAAUUCAACGGUCGAGAUUGGUCCACGGACAGAGCUCUCUUCGAUGCGUGGCGGGAGGGACGAACGGGGUACCCUCUGGUGGAUGCGAAUAUGAGGGAGCUUGCUGCCACGGGUUUCAUGUCCAACCGAGGCCGACAGAUAGUGUGCUCAUUCCUGGUACGCGACAUGGGCAUGGACUGGCGCAUGGGGGCGGAGUGGUUUGAGUCGCUCCUCCUUGACCAUGACCCGGCUUCCAACUACGGCAACUGGACAUAUGGCGCUGGUGUGGGCAAUGAUCCCAGGGAGGAUCGAUACUUCAGCAUUUCCAAGCAGGCGUCCACGUAUGAUCCCAAUGGCGACUAUGUUGCUCAUUGGAUCCCAGAACUGGCAGCUCUCCCUCCAUCCCUGCGCCACUUCCCCUACCGUCUCUCUCCCUCCGAGCGAGCUGCAUACACAUGGGAUGCUGAAGGAUCUACCUACCCCUUGAAGCCAGUGGUGCCAUUGAAAUAUGGUGGUGGUGCUGCUGGUGCUAGGGAUUCUAGGAACGGAGGAGGAGGUGGUGGUAGAGGAAGGGGGUCCAGUGGCAAUGCGAAUGGUAGUCGCUCACGAAGGGGUGGGAUGCAAGGGAGGGGUGGGAGUGAUUUACGGAAAGGCUCGAUUCUUGUCCUGCAGCCGUUUUGGAGGAUGGCUCUCGUGUCCUUUAUUGCGAGCAGGCCUUCUGGAGGUCACCUGAAAAGCCUUUCCGCCAGGCCCUGCUCCAAAGAAAUGAAGUGUGAUGCUGAGGUGGCCAGCUACGCUCUUCGAGACGUUGAAGAGUACCGAAACUACUGUGAGCGCCCAAAGAAUCAGCGGCCACAAGCAGAGGAGGUCAUUGGGUGUACCUCUCGCGAUGUGAGGGAGGGCGGAAGUGUGCAUAUGAAGGCUCAACACCUCCAGGAGGCUUUCCAAACAACUGGAACGGAGCUACCCGAGUGCUCGAACCGCAAUGAGCUGAGCAUCGGGUCGAGCAAGUUCGAGGAGAUUCUGGAGACAGCCAACAAGCUGACGACGAACCCUGGCGUGGCCUCGGACCUGAAGCUGCGCGAGAAGCUCAUGGACGCCGAUGUGCUGGACGGCCUCUCUCAGGUGCUCGCACACUCCACGGAGGCGCUGCUGCGCCGCCACGCUGCCACGCCUGAGCAGUUCGUUGCGGCGCUUAGAGCCAAGUACCUUGUCCGCGCAGGGCUGUGCGGACAUGGGGCGCGCGGGGGGGGCGGACGGGGUGACUGCAUGUUCCUUCUCUACGUAAUAUCUGCAUGUUUCGGUCGCUACAACUUGCCAACCACCCUUCCCCUCCCCCCCUUCCCUUCCUCCCAGCAUACCCUCUUCCCCCGCCCACCACCCUCUCAGCAUACCUCCUACCUCCCCUGCCAAUUUAACCUCUUUCUUCCCUUGGCCCAUCCGGUCUUUUCCUUGUCUCCCCCCGUCUCCCCCUGUCUCCCGCUCUCCCCCCUGUCUCCCGCUCUCCCCCCUGUCUCCCGCAAUCCCCUGGUGCAUGGCAGGCUGGGUCCCAUGGAGGCGGAGGCGCCCAAGCGCAGGGCGCAGGCAGUCAGGCGCAAGAGGGACGUGGUGGGGGCCACUGUGGUUCCUACGCAGCUGAACAAGCAGCAAGGGAAGGAAGGGGAAGGAGCAGAGGGUGGCAGUGGCAGCAAGGAGACGGCAACGGAGGGGACAGUGAAGGAGAUGUAUCGCCGGCUCAAGAGGGCGCCACGGCACCGCGUGCAGCUGCCGCAGCUGCUGCUGUCGCGCACGUCCUUUGCUCACACGGUGGAGAACAUGUUUGCGCUCUCCUUCCUUGUGAAAGAGGGCCGCGUGGGACUCACGCCUGAUCCGACUUUUGGGGCUGCUGUGGACCUUCGCCCACCCACGGAGCCGGCAUCAGGCAGCGCGCAGCCAAAGGGGCAGUUUAUAAUGCGCCUUGACAUCAACGACUGGAAGGCGGUGCCUGAUGGUGCAGAGGUGAUGACCGCACAAGAGGGGGGGGCGAGGGGUGGAGGUGGAGCGGGAGGGCGAGGAGGAGGAGCAGGAGCAGCAAGAGAUGCAGGAAGGGCAGGAGGGGCAGGCGAGGCUGCGGCAGCAGGGGGUGCAGGAGGAGCAGAAGGAGCAGAAGAAGCAGGUGCUGCAGAGGGAACGUUGUAUGAGACGCAGCAGCAGUGGCAGUCACAGCAGGAGCAGCACCAGGAGGCACCGGUUCGCAAGAUUAGUCGGAAUCGGGCAAGGGAGACAGAGAGCCAGGGAGGGGGAAGGGCAGGGGGGUAUGGAGGGAGGGGGGGUGAAGGGGAGGAAGAGGAAGAGGAGGACCUUGGUGGGGGCGGCAUCGUGAGGAAGGUGAGGAGGAUAGGAGGAGCGAAAGUGGAGGGAAAGGAGGUGGCGCAUGGAGCAAAGGAGGUGGCGCAUGGAGCAAAGGAGGUGGCGCAUGGAGCAAAGGAGGUGGCGCAUGGAGCAAAGGAGGUGGCGCAUGGAGCAAAGGAGGUGGCGCAUGGAGCAAAGGAGGUGGCGCAUGGAGCAAAGGAGGUGGCGCAUGGAGCAAAGGAGGUGGCGCAUGGAGCAAAGGAGGUGGCGCAUGGAGCAAAGGAGGUGGCGCAUGGAGCAAAGGAGGUGGCGCAUGGAGCAAAGGAGGUGGCGCAUGGAGCAAAGGAGGUGGCGCAUGGAGCAAAGGAGGUGGCGCAUGGAGCAAAGGAGGUGGCGCAUGGAGCAAAGGAGGUGGCGCAUGGAGCAAAGGAGGUGGCGCAUGGAGCAAAGGAGGUGGCGCAUGGAGCAAAGGAGGUGGCGCAUGGAGCAAAGGAGGUGGCGCAUGGAGCAAAGGAGGUGGCGCAUGGAGCAAAGGAGGUGGCGCAUGGAGCAAAGGAGGUGGCGCAUGGAGCAAAGGAGGUGGCGCAUGGAGCAAAGGAGGUGGCGCAUGGAGCAAAGGAGGUGGCGCAUGGAGCAAAGGAGGUGGCGCAUGGAGCAAAGGAGGUGGCGCAUGGAGCAAAGGAGGUGGCGCAUGGAGCAAAGGAGGUGGCGCAUGGAGCAAAGGAGGUGGCGCAUGGAGCAAAGGAGGUGGCGCAUGGAGCAAAGGAGGUGGCGCAUGGAGCAAAGGAGGUGGCGCAUGGAGCAAAGGAGGUGGCGCAUGGAGCAAAGGAGGUGGCGCAUGGAGCAAAGGAGGUGGCGCAUGGAGCAAAGGAGGUGGCGCAUGGAGCAAAGGAGGUGGCGCAUGGAGCAAAGGAGGUGGCGCAUGGAGCAAAGGAGGUGGCGCAUGGAGCAAAGGAGGUGGCGCAUGGAGCAAAGGAGGUGGCGCAUGGAGCAAAGGAGGUGGCGCAUGGAGCAAAGGAGGUGGCGCAUGGAGCAAAGGAGGUGGCGCAUGGAGCAAAGGAGGUGGCGCAUGGAGCAAAGGAGGUGGCGCAUGGAGCAAAGGAGGUGGCGCAUGGAGCAAAGGAGGUGGCGCAUGGAGCAAAGGAGGUGGCGCAUGGAGCAAAGGAGGUGGCGCAUGGAGCAAAGGGAGGGCACACACCUGGGCGGCAUGGUUGGGGGCGGCAGGGUUGCCUCCGGCGUCCAGCAGGAGACGACAGACGGAGGGGUGCUCGCCCCUUGCUGCAUUGUGCAGCGGCUGAUGGCAGGAGAAAGGUUGGGGGAGAGAGGAAUGAAUGA